UUAAAUUGAUUUUAUACCGUUAUGUUGUAUAGAUCUGGGAAGAUUCAUAUUUAAAGGGACAGUCUAGUCAAAAUUAAACUUUCAUGAUUCAGAUAGUGCAUGCAAUUUUAAUCAACUUUCCAAUUUACUUUUAAAAUUAAAUUUUGCUUUGUUCCCUUGCUGGUAUUUUUGAAAAUCUAAACCUAGGUAGGCUCAAACUGAUUUUUAAACCGGUGAAAACCGCCUCUUAGCCCCUCAUAUAUUAAUAUAACUGUGCUGGUUGUGCAAAACUGGGGAAUGGGUAAUAAAGGGAUUAUCUAUCUUUUUUAACAAUUAAAAAUCUGAUGUAGACUGUCCCUUUAAGGGGCAAUUAUAACACCCACAGAGCUCACUGCUAAAUGCUUGUGCUGUAUCAAUAGCACAUAUGUAAUAACCUAAACCGCUGAAAUGUAUCACAUGAAUUGUUAUGCGUGCCUUUAAUUAUACCAUACGUACAGUUAAUCAAAACAAUUAUUUAUUAUCAGUCUAAACCAUUUAAUAUACUUUUUACAGACACAGCCAGAGCACUGAGAGAUAUCAGGAAUUGAGUGAAUAAGGGAACCUUCUUCCUGAGCACAGACAUUGGAGCCUGUUAUCAGCAUGAACUCAUAUGUGUUAGACAAACACUUGAAUAGUUCAUAUCCAUCCUUCACUAUAGGAAGCAUCAGAAUGUUACCGCAAACUCCAAAAGUCUUAGACACUAAUGACUAUUCACAAACAUUGGAGAUAUCACAGCAGAUAUUUAGAGAGGAUGGUGACUUGGCAGGAACUGGGCAGCAAUCAUUAUGUACAGAGAGUAAUUUAGUCAUCAAAGAAGAGGACAACAUUUAUGACUUAUCUAGUGAAAUGAUUAUCCCAGAGGAUAAACCACACACAUUUACUGAGUACUCAAAAGAUAUUAAAGAAUGGAAAAGUCUACAGUCUAGCCAAAUGAUGCAUUCAAAGGAAAAAACUUUCAAAUGUACAGAAUGUGAGAAAAGCUUUAGAUGCAAGUCUCAUCUACUAGAACACUACAAAAUUCACACAGGUGAGAAACCACACACAUGUACUGAGUGCAGCAAAUGUUUUACACGAAUAGAACAUCUGAAAACUCAUAAAAAGAUUCACACAGGAGAAAAUCCUUUCACAUGCACAGAGUGUGGAAAAAGUUUUAAAGAAAUGAGUAGUCUGAAAUAUCAUGAAAGGAUUCACACAGGGGAAAAGCCUUUCACAUGCACAGAGUGUGGAAAAAGUUUUAAAGAAAUGAGUAGUCUGAAAUAUCAUGAAAGGAUUCACACAGGGGAAAAGCCUUUCACAUGUACAGAGUGUGGGAAAAGUUUUACACGAAUGGAUCGUCUGAAAUAUCAUGAAAUAAUUCACACAGGAGAAAAGCCUUUCACAUGUACAGAGUGUGGAAAAAGUUUUCCACUAAAGAGUAGUCUGAAAACUCAUGAAAGGAUUCACACAGGGGAAAAGCCGUUCACAUGUACAGAGUGUGGAAAAAGUUUUAAAGAAAUGAAUAGUCUGAAAUAUCAUGAAAGGAUUCACACAGGAGAAAAGCUUUUCACAUGUACAGAGUGUGGGAAAAGCUUUCCACGAAAGAGUAGUCUGAAAACUCAUGAAAGGAUGCACACAGGGGAAAAGCCUUUCACAUGUACAGAGUGUGGGAUAAGUUUUUCACAAAAGAGUUAUAUGAAAACUCAUGAAAGGAUUCACACAGGGGAAAAGCCUUUCACAUGUACGGAGUGUGGGAAAAGUUUUACACAAAAGAAGCAUCUGAAAACUCAUGAAAUGAUUCACACAGGGGAAAAGCCUUUCAUAUGUACAGAGUGUGGAAAAAGUUUUCCACGAAUGGAGCGUCUGAAAACUCAUGAAAGGAGUCACACAGGAGAAAAGCCAUUCACAUGUACAGAGUGUGGGAAAAGUUUUACACAAAAGAGUAGUCUGAAAACUCAUGAAAUGAUUCACACAGGGGAAAAGCCUUUCACAUGUACAGAUUGUGGAAAAUGUUUUACAGGAAUGAGCAGUCUGAAAACUCAUGAAAGGAGUCACACAGGAGAAAAGCCAUUCACAUGUACAGAGUGUCGAAAAAGUUUUACACAAAUGGAUAAUCUUAAAACUCAUGAAAAGAUUCACAAGGGAAGAAAUCUUUCACAUAUUUAGAAAGUGGGGGAAAAAAUAUUUUACAUCCGGUAUCACAAAACACCAAAUAUUUACACACAAAUAAACUUUAUAUGCACAGUGUACAAACAUUUUUACAAUUAUCCUAAAGAGGACAAACUCUCUAAAUAGAAGCAACAAAAAGGAUCCUAUUGAGAAAGCCCCACUCCUUAGGGGUGAAACGUUGAAGGUGAUAAGCAUACUCUCUGUGGAACUUAAGAAUUUGGAGUUUAUUCUAAAUGCAAGGACUCUGCGUACUUAGUACCUAUGUGCAGAGACCUAAGGCUUUCCUGACGGCUGGGAGGUAGAUAGUAACCAUACCAAGACUUGCGCAAGUGAAGAUCGUUACUAAAGAAACCCAGUAUCCUGAGACGCACCAAACACAGCGUACCUGCCGGUGGGGAACAUCCAGACAAGACAUCGAUAAGGAGCAGGUGAGAACGUGUGUGAUUAAGAGCACAGGGUUCCCUGCACUGAUAAUGUCAGAUAUAAUUAGAGGAGACUAACACGCUUAAUUAAUCCUGGGACAAAAAAAGCGAUACUAUUGGAAAGAGACUGUAUUAGCACACCCAGCACCAACAGUGUUUGUAAUUUGGAAGCGCAUUUGGAAAGAGGUGGUGAUUGGAUAACCAAGUUGUUUAAGAACAUUGCACAUUAUUUACAAUUGGAGACAGCUGAUACUGUUUGAACUAACUAACAGCAAGUUAACACUACGAUUCUCUUAUAUCAAACAUUGCACUGGUGGUUAUAUGUUGCAUAGUGUUUACAAAGGAUACGAUCAAUAAGGAAAUUCAUAGAAGCUCAGUAUACCUAAAAAAGUUGAAGGAGCAUUUUAUGGUUGAACUAUUUUAUUGUUGAUUAAGCACUGAUAUUGACCUGUUAUUUUAUCAAUUUUUAUAUAGUAUAGUUAAAGUUAUCAGUGAAUAGAAAUUGUAGGCUGUAUGAAUGGUGAUUGUAACUGUUUUGGGCCAAAACGUAUGAUUGAAUUUGUGAUGAUAUUUGAACAAUGUUUUAAUGACAUUUGAAUUGUCUUCAUACUGUGUUUAAUAAAUUAAGUGUUUUGAAGA